AUGACGGCGGUGGCGGCGGUGGCGGCGGUGGCGGCGGUGGCGGCGGGGGGAGCAAUCACCCUCAAGGGGUCGACCGCGCUCGUUACCGAAUUCUUCGAGUACGGAGUCAACAGUAUUCUGUAUCAACGAGGCGUGUAUCCUUCCGACGACUUUCGUAUGGUCAAGAAAUACGGUAUCCCCCUCCUCAUCACCGCGGACGAAUCCCUCAAGGAAUAUCUUCAAACAGUCCUCGCCCAGGUCCAAGAAUGGCUCAUGACAUCCUCCAUCACCCGCCUCGUCCUCGCCAUAAAAUCCCUCGAAACGGACGAGACCCUCGAACGGUGGCAAUUCGACGUGCAGACGGAUGAGGCGGCGAUAGCUGCUUUGGCAGCUGCCGAGGAGGCCAAGGCAGCCGGGAAGCCUGCGCCGAAGUCGGCGGGGGCAGCAGCAGCGGGGGGUGGAGCCUCGGCAGGAAAUGGGAAGAAGAAGGAGAAGACGGAGAAGGAGGUACAGGGGGAGAUUAGGGAGAUUAUGAAGCAGAUUACGAGCUCUGUGACUUUCUUGCCGAUACUGGAGGAUCCAUGUACAUUCACCCUACUCGCAUAUACAAAUACCGACGCCGAGACGGCCAUCCCAAACACAUGGGGCGAUGCCGAUCCUCACCUUAUCGACCGGGGCAAAGUCGAGCAGGUCAGAUUACGGAGUUUCAGUACCAACGUGCACUCGCUCGAGGCUAUGGUGGCAUAUCGUGUCGGGGAAUGA